AUGCUGACGCGACAAGUGUUUGUGAUAGCGUGGGCGGUGGCGAUGUACGCGAUAUCGCACGCGAAUCGCGACGCGAAUCGUCUUUUCGAGGAUCUGCUCGCCGACUACAACAAACUCGUCCGGCCCGUCGAUAACAACAGUGACACGCUCGUCGUCCGAUUCAAAUUAAAGCUUAGCCAAUUACUCGACGUGCAUGAAAAGAAUCAAAUCAUGACGACGAACGUAUGGCUGCAGCAUAGACCAGUUACUGAAGAUACGACUCCGCCUGCCGAUCCCGAUUGGUUGGUUGCGGUACCACCCCCACUUGCGCAAUACUACGCUUCCGGAAUUCCGCCAAUAUAUCACGCUCCACUAAUUGAUACAUCUGCUGCUAUCAAAAAGCUCUAUAAAUCUUUCCGCGCUCGUGGGACUGGAGCAGAAAUCGACUACUUUAUUUCUGGAAAGGAUGGGACACGGGAUUUCUAUAUUCUCUCGAAGGCAGAGCAGGGCGCUGUUCGUGCCGACGGAAACUACCAAGUCACCAUCAUGACAAAGGCCAAAUUGUCAUAUAAUGGCACCGUCGAAUGGGCUCCACCGGCCAUUUAUAAGAGAGGGCUUGCAGGACUUGUCAGUGCUUAUGAACCCGAUUGCAGUUUUUAUAAGCGUCAAGGAUCUUGGACGUAUGGUGGUCUUGAGGUGGACUUAAUACACAAAGAUGAACACCUUCAAAACGAGGCCAUCGAGAUUGUCGAAGGCGUUGAUGGACCUGUCCAAGAGUCCGUUUGGAUAGUUGAUGAAGGUAUGUCUCCAAGUUUCUCCAUAAAAUCAAAAUCUUCCUUGCUUUCCGCUACGAAAUGUUGUUCAUAG